GGAAAAUGAGAGUUUUGAGUAAUAAAGCUACUAAGCUGAUCUUGUGUUUGAACUAUGGGCCGAAUAUCCUCAGGUUCAAAUUCUAGCGGAGGCUAAAACAUGGGGUGUUCUUUUUUAUCUUUGUGAACAGAAUUACCCGAUACCUGUAUUGGCGGGAGAUAGCAGGAGAUCAGGGGUUCGAGCCGUGGAAGCCAUGGAAACAGUCUCUUGCUGAAAUGCAAGAUUUUUCUUGGAGAUUUAUUGUUUCUCAAUGUCUACUAGGGGUGAAAAGCGUGAUUGUCAAACUGCACCUCUAGAUAUACUUUGUAGCCUUCCCGAGAACGUAAUAGAUGAUAUCCUUAUGCGUUUGCCUUUACGAGAUGCUAUGCAGACAAGCAUCUUAUCAAAAAAAUGGAGGUAUAAUUGGUGCAGACUUCCAGAAUUGACGCUUGAUUUAACAAAUUUGAUAUCAACGAAGGACUCAAUACCCCCUAUGUUCAAAUUUACUAACAUUAUCUACCACCUUUUGACCCUACAUACCGGACCAAUUACUAAGUUUGACCUCUCCUUUAGUUCUAAUUUGAUGCCUUGUCCUACCAUUGACAACUUGAUAUAUUUUCUCUCUAGAAAUGGCAUUCAACAUCUUGUUCUUAAACUUUCUAGCAGGGGUGACCCUUACAAAUUACCUACUUCACUUUUCACAUGUUUUCAAUUGAGGCGUCUGACUCUCCAAUACUGUUCAAUAAUUCCUCCACCGGCCUUCAAAGGAUUCGAUCAGUUAAUUAGCCUGGAAUUACGUCGCGCCACAAUUACAUCCAAAUUUCUUGAAAGUUUAAUCUCUCAUUGUGUGUUACUCGAGCAGUUGGUGCUGGACAUCUCAGAUUUAAGUGGCGUCGUUGAAAUUAAUGCUCCCAGGCUGAGAUGCUUCAAAUUCGCAGGUGAAAUAAGUUCCAUCUAUUUAAAGUAUAUCCCUCUUGUGACAGAACUUUCACUUGCGGAUAUGGAAUGUUAUGAGGGGCCACGAAUAUGUGAUAUUGCCAAGUUUUUUGAGUCUUUUCCUGCUCUCGAGCAUCUCAGGUUGAAUCACGGUAUUUUGAUGUACUUGGCUGCAGGAGGGGAUCUUCCGAUAAGGCUACCGUUUGAUCUUAACUGCAUCAAAUGUCUUUGCCUAGCUGAUUUUUAUCUGGAUGAAUUGGAUGUGGUCUCAUGUGCUCUUUGCUUGAUAAGAAGCUUCCCAUUUUUACGGUAUUUGGAAAUCCAGGUGGAUGAUUUAAAUGAUGAUAUUCCAGCACUAGAAUGUCUUGAAGUGGAAGCUUUCUCAGAUGCGACAUUUAAUAACCUCCGGGAAGUUCAGCUAACAAGUAUUAUAGGCUCAAAGCCUGAGAUGCAGCUUAUCAAGCUUCUAUUAGCCAAGUCUCCUAUGCUGGUGAGAAUGCUAGUCGAGCCAUAUCUAGAAGUUGAUGACGCUGACAAACUCAAAAUCUCCGAUGUGCUAAACUCGUUUCGGCGCGCAUCCCCUGAAGUAGAAGUUGUUUAUACUUGUUAAGGUGACUAGUUUGUCUCUUUAUGAAUUUCUUUUUACAAUGGUAAGGAAUUUUACAUUUAAUGCAUGUUUUUGCUAAUUUAUGCAAUGAGAAUUCGACAUGAAUUAUUAUGUGGUUGCUUAUUUCAAAGAGUUGCUCUGUGUUAAUCCUCACCUUGGUCA